GAUACGUUACCUGAGCCUGCGGACGUCUUGUUUACAGUGGUCGUGCCAGGCCCGGGAAGUCGUGUCGUAUCAGCAACGUGUUUUAUUGCCCACAUUUUUAUUCUUUCGUUACAAGGGUCAUUAUAUGAAACCUCCAAUCUGGAUCGAGGCGGUAACAACAGGAAGAAGAAGAUAGAGGAAUUCUCUAGGUCUUCUCGGGAGAAAAUAGUCCAGUCGAAGAACAAAAUGUUCUCCAAAUUUACGUCCAUUCUCCAGCACGCUGUGGAAGCGCUUGCUCCGUCGCUGCCAUUGCAGGAGGAUUUUGUCUAUCACUGGAAGGCCAUUACACAUUAUUACAUCGAGACUUCUGAUGACAAGGCUCCGGUUACAGACACCAACAUCCCAUCCCACCUGGAACAGAUGCUGGACAUCCUGACCCAGGAGGAAGCGGAAAGGGAGUCUGGAGAGACAGGCCCCUGCAUGGAGUAUCUCCUGCACCAUAAGAUCCUGGAGACGCUCUACACUUUGGGCAAGGCAGAUUGUCCUCCUGGGAUGAAGCAGCAGGUGCUCACCUUCUACACAAAGCUAUUAGCACACAUUCGUCAGCCCCUCCUUCCACACAUCAAUGUCCACAGACCCGUACAGAAACUGAUCCAUCUGUGCGGGGAGGUGCUGGCUGCUCCCACAGAAAACGAAGAGAUCCAAUUCCUUUGUAUAGUCUGUUCCAAACUGAAGCAGGAUCCAUACCUUGUUAACUUCUUUCUUGAGAACAAGUCAAAGAGACCUGAGACGAGGAGUCAUGGAGGGUCAGAGGGGCUGAAGGAGAACGUGUUGGCUCCAGACACAGGUCAGUCUCCUGCAGAAGAACAGGCUGCACGCCCAGAGGAGCCUCAAGCUGCAGCUGCUGCCUCCAGCUCCAGUCCAACAAACAACAACAAUAACAGCAACAAUUACAAUCUGGUCACCUCCCUGCUCAACCUCACAAAGAGCCCGGACGGCAGGAUAGUGGUGAAAGCAUGUGAGGGUCUGAUGCUGCUGGUCAGUUUACCAGAGCCUGCAGCUGCCAAGUGUUUAACUGAGAACACCGAGCUGUGCGAGCUCCUGACUGACAGGCUGGUCGCUUUCUAUAAAGCCCUGCCACAGUCCAUUGACCCCUUGGACAUUGAGACAGUGGAGUCGGUCAACUGGGGUCUGGACGUGUAUAACCUGAAGGAGGAUGCUGCUGUCUUCACAGGAAAAAGAGCUCUCAUCUCCUUCCUGUCCUGGUUAGAUUACUGUGACCAGCUCAUCAAAGAGGCUCAGAAGUCGGCAGCGGCAGUGAUGGCAAAAGCAGUGAGAGAAAGGUUCUUUGUGUCUAUCAUGGAACCACAGCUCAUGCAGACGUCCGAGGUGGGCAUCCUGACCUCCACGGCCCUGCUCAACAGGAUCAUCAGGCAGGUGACAUCAGAGGCUCUGCUGCAGGAGAUGGUUUACUUCCUCCUGGGAGAGGAGAAAGAGCCAGAGACGGCAGCGACCAUCGCCCAGUAUCCACUGAGGCACAGACUCAUCGAGCACUGCGACCACUUGUCAGACGAGAUCAGCAUCAUGACCCUGCGGCUGUUUGAGCAGCUCAUCCAGAAGCCCAACCAGCACAUUCUGCACAGCUUGGUGUUGCGUAGCCUGGAGGAGAGGAACUACCUGGAGAACAAGCCGCAGGAGGAGCGGGAGCCUUUAGAAAACGGCCAGCCUCACGACGCCGUAGACCUUGAGGAGGAUCCACUGUUUGGUGAUGACCUCUCUCCAGACAGCAGGCUGUCUGGUUCUGAUUGGCUCAGCUCGUCUCCACAACAGAGUCCCGACCACACAAAGUCUGAAGGGAAGACGGAGGUUCACAAGAUUGUCAACAGUUUUCUGUGUUUGGUGCCCGAUGAGGCCAAGUCAUCGUAUCAUGUUGAAGGCACAGGCUAUGACACCUACCUCAGAGAUGCACACAGACAGUUCAGGGACUAUUGUGGGGUCUGCCAGCGGUGGGACUGGAGGGGCAACCCAAAGCCGUUUGAGAAGUGUAACUUGGAAAUCCCGUUCUUUGAGGGCCACUUCCUCAAGGUCCUCUUCGACAGGAUGGGUCGCAUCCUAGAUCAGCCCUACGACGUCAACCUGCAGGUGACCGCCGUGCUGUCCAAACUGUCUCUGCUACCGCACCCCCACCUGCACGAGUACCUGCUGGACCCUUACAUCAACCUGGCCCCCGGCUGCAGGUCUCUGUUCUCCGUCAUCGUCAGGGUGGUUGGCGAUCUCAUGUUGAGGAUUCAGCGCAUCCCAGACUUCACCCCCAAACUGCUGCUUGUGAGGAAGAGAUUACUAGGCUUAGAGCCAGAGGGGAUAAACAUCGACCACAUGACUCUGCUGGAGGGGGUGAUCGUGCUGGAGGAGUUCUGCAAGGAGCUGGCAGCCAUCGCCUUCGUCAAAUACCACGCAGCUGCCUCUUCCUCGCCAUAAUCUACCUGCUGUUCAUCCAUCUGCCUCGGCCAGACAAGACAGGUCAGGAGAAAACUGGGCCUUUCGUGGGGUGUUUGGCGGCACCGGUGGCACAGGGUCGACAAAAACUUUUACCACCCCACAAAGACUGUUAACGCCCCCCCCCCCCACACACACACACAGAUGGGAUUCAUUACUCCCAGCUUCUGGCCGCUCGGGCGACAUCAUUUAGGAAAAAAAAACAAAGAGAGGAAAAAAAAAAGUCUUUGGUCUCAUGUUUGAGCAGGUCAGAGCACAGACACUGCCCAGCCAGCAGAGGAACGACAGGUGAAGGAGGAUAGGAGGUGGAGGCACAGAGAGACGUUCACUGGACUCUUUUCAACCUUCAGCAUUUUCUCUCACUGCCCCCUUCCCCCCUUCCCCACCAGCCAAAAGAUGAUAGCCCUGUAAUUAUUAUUUCAUGGAGAAGAGACGUUUGUGUAUUUAUUUCCAGUCCCAUCAUCGCCCAUUUGUAAAGAUCAUUGCCUUAGUGUGGAAUCACACCUUUCAGUUACAGAUUGUUUCCUUUUGAAACAUUUUUAUCUUUAAACCCCCUCGUGUGUUGUCUGUUUUGAUGACAAGAGGCUGUAGACACCCCUUCAUAUACCUGUAGUUACAUCAAUAUCCAACUGUAGUAUUAAUGAUACUACGCUCAUUUUAAAUGCCAAGACCUCGUAUUUAUUUGUUUGCUUUCAGGUUGCCUUUUUAACCAGUGUCGUAUUAAGAUAUAAAGAAUUUAAAGCAGUCCAAGUAAUGACUGACAACGGCAGAUUGCUAUUUACUACAUUUGUUUUCCCUCUUAACUCGGUUUGUCUUUGUUUGUGCUGUCAAAGCUCAUCUGUAAUCCCCCCCAUCACCCAAAGAUGUCACCAUCCAACGCAUUUCGUUAAUGAAAUGGUGAAUUUAGCAAAUGAUGUGAAUUUGCACAUGGACCUCAUGACAUUGCACUCGUUACAUUUUUCAAGUUAAUUCAUGUUUUUUCUUUUUGGAUUAGUUUAAAGGAAAAUGAUAAGGUGGCAUUUGUGGACAGAAACAUUCGCUUUAGUUAGAAACAUUUAUGUUCUCCAGACCCAGUGUUGCAUUUCUCAUGCACCAGUGUUUGUUUUAUCCAAGGGAUACUCGCUAUUAUUUUUAUAUCCACUAUAAUUCUCUUUGAUUUGUCUUCAUGGAAGGGAUGCAGAAGAGCAAACCUCUUGAUUCUAUUGAUUAGUGUCUUAAAUACAAGAUUACUUUAGGACAUACUGUAGUUUACAGUACAGCAAUGGCUCUCAACCCCUAAAAACAAAGCUAAGUCUAACUUGAACCCUCUGUUACAGGGUGUAUAUCUACAGUUCAACCAAUAUAUGAUUCUAACUUCUCAGAUUGAUUUCAUCUGAAGAAUCUUUAGAGGCCUGAUGAGAUGAGAUUAUCUAAUGUAAGUCUGAACAAAAAUACACCUUCUGAUUCUGUUAAUUAGCUGUUGUUGUGGGACAGGUGUGGUCCCAUCCUCCAGUUUGGAAACCAUUGUUUUACAAUGUCAAGAGGUUAUCAGGACUUCCUCUGAGGUGUUGCGUUUACUAGCAGUAUUGUAUUCAUUAUGAUCAUGGAUGACGCAGAAAUGUAUUCAUGUUGCUGUGUAUUACUGGAACAGGUUUGCUUUGGUUGUGUAAUAAUCGGUUGGGUGUUUAUAACUUUAAAUCAAAGUCUAGCAUCAAUGAUGCAGUGAUUCAUUAUAUAAUUUUUUU